GAGAGAGAGAGAGAGAGAGAGAGAGAGGCGAGCCGGACCGGACCAUGCUGGUUCCCUUGUUCUUCAGAUAUUACUGAGCAUUCUGUGACCGACCACAGCCUGAGCUGAAGAGGCUUGGGAGGGAGGGUCCCAGUACUGAAAGUGCAUGCGUGUGUGUGCAGCUAUGGGGAAAGACUACUACAAGACCCUGGGCAUCUCCAAGGGCUCCAAUGAGGACGAGAUCAAGAAGGCCUACCGGCGCAUGGCGCUGCGCUUCCACCCCGACAAGAACAAGGACGCCAACGCCGAGGAGAAGUUCAAGGAGAUCGCAGAGGCCUAUGAGGUGCUCAGUGACCCCAAGAAGAGGGUCGUCUAUGAUCAGCUAGGAGAGGAAGGUUUGAGGACGGGAGGCAGCAGCUCUUCAGGUGCUCCUGGCAGCUCGACGUACCACUACACCUUCCACGGAGACCCCCACGCCACUUUUGCCUCCUUCUUUGGAGGCUCUAACCCUUUCGACAUGUUUUUUGGCUCCAACCGCAGCCACAGCCGCUCCAACGGUUUCUCCUUCCACAACGACCACGACACAGAGCAGGACAUGGACGUGGAUGAGGACGACCCCUUCGCUCAUAUCGGGAGACAGUUCGGCUUUCCAGGGGGGCCGAACAACGGCUUCCCAGGGGAGGGCCGCAGGAGGAGGGGGGUGCCGUCGGAGCGCCUGGGGACGGGGAGAAAGCAUCAGGACCCACCGGUGGUCCACGAGCUGAAGGUCUCUCUGGAAGAGAUCUUCCAUGGCUGCACCAAGCGCAUGAAGAUCACCCGCCGCAGGUUGAACCCAGAUGGACGCAGCAUGAGGACAGAGGACAAGAUCCUUAACAUUAUCAUCAAGAAGGGAUGGAAGGAGGGGACCAAGAUCACCUUCCCAAAGGAGGGGGACGAGACCCCAGAGAACAUUCCUGCCGACAUAGCCUUUGUGCUUAAAGACAAAGGGCACGUCCACUUCAAGAGAGACGGUUCCAAUAUCAUUUUUAACUGCAGGAUCAGUCUAAAAGAGGCGUUGUGUGGCUGCACAGUGAGCAUUCCCACGCUGGAAAACCGCAUCAUCUCGCUCCCCUGUCAUGACAUCAUCAAGCCGGGGACGGUGAAGCGACUCAGAGGGGAAGGCCUGCCUUUACCCAAGAACCCAUCACAGCGCGGUGACCUCAUUGUGGAGUUUUCUGUUCGCUUUCCCGACAGGAUCCCCCCUCAGUCCAGAGAGAUUAUCAGACAACACCUCCCCCAGUCAUAGGAAGACUCACCUUCAACCCCUCCACCACCAAACACUCCAGACUCAAUGGCCCAAACCAAGAAAACCAACCCUUGAUACUCAAAAUGUUGACCCCCACAGAAGUUGCCCUUCCCAACUUCCAGUCCCCAUGUCUUGAGUUAAUGCACGCAGCACUGAACAGACGCUGUUGUUUGAAGGAACUUCACGGUGGGAGGAUGAAGGAAGAAUGCCUAGACAGAUGGCAGUAUCAGGAUGUGAUUAUUUGUGUUGGUUUUGGCCCGAGCACACACACACACACACACACACACACACACACACACACACACACACACACACACACACACACACACACACACACACACACACACACCCGAGCAGUGGAGGGUUGCUGAGGAUGGGCUCAGCACAAUCAUGGCUUUUACCAAUCUUUUCUUAACUCUGUUUUUUACGGAUUUAUCAGUGAUUUUAUAUGCUGUCCAACUCUUUGAUCCUCGUCUUUUUAUGAUAGGAGGAAGCGUGAGAUAUUUUUUUAAAAAUAAACAUUUUUUCCAGGAUUUUCUUUCCAUAGAGAGUUUCAAAUGGGUUUAUUUAUUUUAACCUUGAGUGUACCAGCAGCUUCAGUGUGUUCAGUGCAAACCCCGGUUUUAGCAGAAACCCAACCCCCACCUGCUUUUCUUAGGUUUUCAGUCUGAUAAGGCAUCAUGCCUGAAGUGUGUAGGCCAUUUAGUAAGAUCUAUUUCCGCUAAAUCAAUUGUAUUCUGAUGCUUUCAACACAGCGCAAGUCCCACGUAUAUUGGCAUAUUUGCGCUGGAUUUUGGAAAUCUAGGAAUGACAAUCACGAACAAUAACAGCAGUGUAAGCUUGGAUAAUACAAUCUGCACACGAUAUGGGUGCUUCCCCUUCUGUCCUGAAUAGCCUGGCUUGCUAUCUGAGGGACAUUUGGGUGCCUUAGC